AUGCGUAGGGGUGCUCAUCUCAUAAGGCUCUACAGUGAUGCGAGGCCGAAUAGCUCAACCCUAGCAAGAAGAAUUGCGAAAAGGCUUCUAAAGCCUGCCGAAGGAGCACCAAAGAUAUCUGCCUGGAAACUGUGGUCGAGCCAUUUGCGUAAUAAUAGCUUCGAAGACCUAAAAAGGCUCCAAGAUGAUAUAAUGGAAAAAGUAGUGGUUGCUGGAACCAAGACAAACUCGAUGUUAAUGGGCGAGAUAAAUCAAUGGCAGUUCACGAACGGCAGCGCCGACAUUAAGACUCCGACACUUUUACUUCAUGGGUACGCUGCGACGUCAAUGGCGUUCCACCGCAAUUUUGAAGGUCUCUCUGACUAUUUCCAGAACCUUUUCGCUAUCGAUCUGCCUGCUAAUGGUCUCUCAAAAUGCGAGCCCCUGGAGUUGCCAUACACGGCACCACUGCCUCUCAAGCUGCAGAUAAAGGAUCGAACGUUUAAGUUGGAUUAUACUCUGGACUACAUGCACCAUAAAAGUGUGAUACAGCGAUUUGAAGACUAUUACCUGGACGCCAUAGAGCAAUGGCGACUCGACAAUCGCCUAGGGCCGAUAAACCUCAUUGCACACUCUUUUGGAGGCUAUAUCUCUUUCAAAUACGCUGUCAAGUAUCCCAAUUCGGUCAACAAGUUGUGUCUAGUCUCACCUCUUGGUGUGGAGAGAAGCAUUUAUUCUGUGAACAACCACUUUCGAAAGAACACGCCCUACGAUCUGGAAUUUGAAAACCCAGCGUCAAAGUUCUACGUGGGUACCAAGUGGGAAAUUCCUAAAAUCCUCUUCGAGAGACAGACAGCACUUCUCCGGGACCUUGGCCCUUUGGGCGCGAAACUAUGUUGGAACUACAUAAUGGCCGCUUACUUUCGAGUUCCCGACGUCGAUUUUAAAAAAUACGUCUUUGAACUAUUCUAUGGGAAAGGAGCCCAGAAUCAGAUCGCUAAAGACAUAUUCAUUGGUUUAUUCUCUCGACGCUUAUUUGCUAGGGAUCCAUUACUCGAUGGUUUGCAGUAUCUGUCUGUUAAUAAGCUUUUACUGCUGUAUGGUGAGCAUGAUUGGAUGAAUCGAUAUGCCGGAAUGAAAAUGACCAAAAUGGCUCUCAAUCAAGGCUUAGAGGCAGAAUACUCCGAAGUAACGUCGGCUGGUCAUAAUCUAUUUCUCGAUAAUCCAGUAGAAUUCAACGACAAAAUCAUCGAGUUCUUCAGCUGA